AUGGACCAAUUUCCUCCCUUUACCUCCAACCUAUCUUUCAUCUCCAGACCUAAUAUUACAGGUUUUGUUGCAGCGCCGAGAUCUGCGUUUGGUCAGUCCAAACUCCAAACAUUGUUGCUCGCUUUCAUGGCUGGGAGGCGUGUCGUCAACCUUGAUUCCAAGUUCGGACCCAAUAAGUGUGUUGAGAGAUACCAUGGUGAUGAUCUUGUGAGUCGGUUGCCUGAUGACAUUCUCCUUGUUAUCCUAUAUUCCCUCCCAUUGAAAGAAGCUGAGCGAACAAGUGUUCUUUCAUCUCGCUGGAGAAACUUGUGGAGUUACACCUCGUAUCUCAACUUUGAUAACCAUAGGUCCAUGGAGAAGAUUAUCCAGGACCCGGAUUUUCGCUAUGUAGAGAGGGAAAAGUAUGUAAGUGAAGCUAUCGAGUUUCUCUUACGUUACUGCCCAUUACUCGAGCAUUUAGUUGUACAUUGCUCCGAGAUAUUGUCCAGUCUUGAAGUUUGCGGACCAUCCCUUGCAUUAAAGCAUUUGAAGAUAAGGCACUGCAGUUAUUUGAAAUCCUUAAGAAUUUCUGCUCCAAUUCUUACUACACUUAUACUUGAUAAAAUAGAAGGCCUCUUGCUUGAGGGCGUUCCGAUGCUUCGUGACGUUUAUGUGACCUUUGGAGACGCUUGGCCUGAUUCUAUGUUUGUACAAAGGCUAGUUCCCACACUGCUUUGCUGUCUUUCCCAAUUGGAGAUUCUCACCUUGAACAUUUUGCUUAAGAAGGAGAUUCUACCGACGCUCAAUUUCCCUGUGAUGCCCAAACUUAGGAAGUUGGUCUUCAUGAAAGUUUUAUAUGGAGUGGACUUCAGUCUUCUAGACCUAGCUCGUUUAAUCAAGGCAUCUCCCAACUUGGAAGAAUUUGAGUUAAAGCAAACAUGGUUUGAACCUGAAAGGUCGAACAGAGAAAUUCAGAAGGGUGUUAAGCACUUUCCACUGCACCAACACUUGAAUGUUUUUCGGUUUUUAGGUUAUUAUGGUUGCCCAAGUGAUGUUGAAUUAGUCAACUACUUGUUGGAAAAUUGUGUCGCGCUUAAGGAGAUCAUUGUUUAUGCCCAAGAUCCUCAUCGUCGGGCCUAUGAGGCAGUUGAUCCUGAGGAAUUAAAAUUGGCCGAUAAAGCAAAGAUUUAUGCUAAACAGCAGCUGGAGCCGCUACAUGGACAGCUUGUUGAAGGUCUGAGGCAAAGGGCCCUUCAAACCCAAGCCCCUGACUUGAAUCUGAGUAACUCUGUCCCCAGAACAGUACACAUGGUCCCAGCUGGGCGGGCCACACGGGUUGUCAUCCUCCGGCCAUUUCGUCGAGUAUGGCUAAAUCGUCGGGGUCCGUCGCGCUUUUACGACGGAGAGGGUAAAGAGAAAAAGGGCGAUGGUGAUUUUUACAUGGGGUUUAGCCGCCAUAGCAGAAUUUUGUGA